ACUCCGGUCCAGGUCCAAGACGUGGCCGCAAGCGCGUCGUCCAAAGUGAAGCUUCCCAAGACCUUUAUCAACCGUACCAACUCAGGGUCAGUCUUUCAAGGAUCAUUCGCUUCCGGUGUUUCUUCAUAUCUGCUAACAAGAAAGCUCUAGAAUCUGUGUUUCCUUUCUCGAGCCUUACCAAGCCCAUAAAGGCAAUCAAGUUCACUGUCUCGAAGAGCAGGAAAAGCCCAAGUCGUACCAUGAUCUUAUUGUCACGGAAGCCAGUAAGGUCGUGCGAGGUGUUAUGGUCUCGGGCAAUCCAUACGUUCGUAACCUUCUUUUUCGCCUGCCGAUCGAACUUCGGUUCAAGAUCUAUGAAUACCUGUUCAUCCACGACGGCAGUGCAAUCGAAAUCGGAAGACAGAGUCACACUCCAAUGGGAAAUACCUCCAUCCUCAGAGUGUGCCACGCAAUCUAUCAUGAAGCAUCGAUUGCCCUUUAUCACUCCAUGAGCCACCGCAAGCUUUUCUUCCGGACCUAUGGUUCCUUUUCUGCGGAUGUGCUCAACCGCCGCCCUUCGCCAUUGCAGUGUUGCCGUAAUAUGUCUUAUCAGAAGUGGCUUGAAUACCCUUGCGUCGUACGAGAGCUUUCGUGGAAAAGAUCGAUUCAUUCUGUGGUCUUUUUGAUCGGAGCACUUGACUUCAUGAUGGCUUUGAAGCGGCGCUGGGCGUUUUCAGAGUUCAUCACGACGCUAAGAAUGGGCGACCAUAUGCGUAUCUAUUCUUUGACCGUCGUUGCCGCCCAAAACUGGAAAAUGCCGGGAUUCGACGAAAAUGAUUUGGUCCAGGCUUUGUUCAGUGGCGCCAUCAUGUACCUUGGAAAACUCACUUUCCGUGGCUUCAGCAACAAGGAAAGGGACCGCCUCUGUCAGCUCAUCCACGCCCGCAACAUUCCCUCGCUGAAAAUUGAACGGGAGAAGAAAAGGAUACAGGGGCCUGGAUUUUCACUUUGGAUCUGUAAGGUUUUUUUCUUUCUUUUUCUUUAUCUUGUUCGUUUUACGGUCCCUAUUUUUUUCAGCCAUCACGGCAAGUUCCUUCAAAUACACUGAAGGACGAGAUCAAUGAUGGAAAAGAACACAUCCCGAUCGGCAUCAGCCGUCUCCAGCCCCAGCCCGACAACGAGCAAUCUCUUUUCCCCUGGCGUUUUCAUGACGAUGGCACUUGCUAUUUGACGGGCAUAUAGCUGACCAACGGUUUCGUGCCCAGGAACCCGACCG